UGGCGCCCUUUCAUCAACACCGCGCCGCUGCUGCUUAAACUUCCACAUCAUCAGAUUGAGAAAAAUGUCCUUUAUUCCUAAAAUGAAAUGCUAUAUUAGCCCUGUUUAAGGGCUAUCCUUUAAGUUGAAACAUUAAUCAAUUGAGGCAGAGAGAUGGAUUUCUCCAAGUUUCUGGAUGCUAAUUUUGAUGCUAAAGAUUGGGUGAAUGCUGCAUUCAGAGCCCAAAAAGAUGCUCCUGAACAGAAAGAUGCCCAUGCUGCAACACUGGUCAUGAAGCUACAGCUUUUCAUUCAGGAGGUGAAUAAUUCUCUUGAGGAGACGAGUCAACAGGCGGUGCAGAACCUUCCUCGUGUCUUGAGGGAGGUAGAGGCAGUCCGACAGGAGGCGACGUUCCUCAAGGAUCAGAUGCAGCUUGUCAAGGAUGACAUCAAGAAGGUUGAAGAAGACACAUCCCAAUCCAUGAAGAUGCUGUUGGACAUUGACGCCAUCAAGUCUCGCAUGAAAGCCGCCUCGGAUGCAUUGCAGGAAGCUGAUAAUUGGACGACGCUGAUGGCUGAUGUUGAUGAAGUCUUCCAGAGCAAGAACACCCAAGCGAUUGCAGAUAAACUAAUGGCGAUGCAGCACAGCCUGAAUAUGUUGGCGCAUUGCGGUGACUAUGAGGAGAGAUGCCAACAUCUUGAGACACUGAAGAACCGUUUGGAAGCCAUGCUGAGUCCGCAACUCGUCAGUGCCUUCAACACUCACUCACUUGAAGCUGCCCAGAGUUACGUGAAAAUCUUCCUGGACAUCGACAGACUGCCCCAACUCUACAACUACUACUAUAAAUGUCACAAGAGCUCCUUGUUACAGCAAUGGCAGCACUUACAAGGCGAGAAUCUUGACAAGCCACUCACAGAAUGGUUGCCCAACUUCUACGAUACGCUGCUGUCAACGUGGCACAAAGAGAUCAAGUGGUGUGAGCAGGUUUUUCCUGAGGCAGUCAGGGUGGUGAGCGAGCUCCUAACCCAAACACUGAUGGGGCUACAACCGUCCCUACCAGCGUGUAUGGACACCGCAUUGCAAGACAACACACUGCCCAACUUGCUGGAACUAAGACAGAUAACAAACAGAUUUACCAAGAAUCUUGAAAGUGCAAUCCAGACGUCUGCAGGCUCUCCAUCUGGCCGGCAUUUUGAGGAUUUGGUGAAUGCCAUUCAUGCUCCCUAUGUUCCUUAUCUGUUGCAAUAUGGCCGGCUGGAGAAGGAAUACUUACUGCAGGAGCUGAGCUGUACUCAGAUGGAAAGGCGCGACUUGAUAGACUGCGCCCAGUUCUUGUCCGAUUCUGUCAGUAAACUCUUCAAAAAUGCACAUGAGGCCGUGGAGAGGUGUAUGGGUCUUACGGAUGGCUGCGGCAUCGUAGGAUUACUGGAUGCAUUGAAGGCAAUGUUCCAGAACUACUGUCAGAAGUUCCACGCGGCACUCGACACCCUACACACUGCUGGAGGGCUCGAUAGCACAGCGCCCUCACAGGCCGAGUUGGGAGAGGACUGGAGCAAGUUCCAACACGCGCUCAAGAUCAUACAGACAUGUGGUGAACUUUUACUUCAGAGUGAAGAAUUUGAGCUGGAGCUGAUUGGCUCAAUAUUGAACACGGCGACCAAUCACGUGGCAGAAGCAUUCUCACCGACCAAAAUCACCAGCAUCAAUCUCACCCCGCUUUCCGCCAAUCCGUUUAAGGAAUACAACUACUUGGUCAUAGAAGAUCCAGGUCAGCAUGCAGCAUUUGUGGAUCUUGUCGUCAAACUUAAACAAGAUGAGGUGUCUCUUUUGAAAGAGGUCACGGACUACAUGCAGAAGGUCAACGAGCAUGCUCACAAGUUCACAUUCAGCAUCGUGUUCCAUCAGUUGGAGGCACAGCUGAUGCAGAUAUCUGACAUGGAGGUUUGGACAGCAGAGGGAGGUAUGCUAGCUGCUGAGUUGCCUGAGUACAGUCUGUCGCCGCAGGAAUACAUCACCAAGAUUGGCCAAUACCUGAUGACCCUACCACAGCAACUGGAACCCUUCACCUCCCAGGAGCAUCCGAGCUUAGAGAAGGCCCUGGAGACGGGCAAGCUACCCUUCCCUCCAGAAACAGGCUCGGCCACGCCCGAUCACCUGGCCGACUAUUGGCUGGGAGCCAUAGCCCGGGGAACCAUGCACACCUACGUGGAAGCCAUCUUGAAGAUCACGGAGCUCACACCUAAUGCAACAAGGCAGCUGGCCACAGAUAUUGACUAUCUGUGCAAUGUAUUAGAUGCAUUGGGAGUCCACGCUUCAGAGUCGCUGAGACACAUCGAGACGCUACUGAAAUUACCUCUCUCACAGUACGGAGAGACAAGAGGUACGAUGCCGGAUCGCUUCGUUCACAUCAUUGGAUCCAUCCGAAGUGCACAUGAAACCUAGCCAGUGAUGGCUCUUUAAAUGAAUACACUCUCACAGGAGAAAAUAGUUGUCCUGAACUAGGGAUUGUCUACCAGCCCCCCCCCCCCCCUCCCUAGCCACACCCCCUAUAGACCUAUAAGCCAUAAUGAUGUCAGGGGCGGAUCCAGCAAUUUUUGCAGGGGGGUCAGGCCUGUCAGAUUUGUUUAUGUCCGAUUGUUGCGGACAGGCAGACAUAUAGGUUAUGUAGCACAUUGUUAUAAUUUUAGUUUUUUGGUGUCAGAGCGGGGGGGGGGGGGGGGGGGGGGGGGGGGGAGGGUUGACCUUCAAAACCCCCUCUGGAUCUGUGCCAGCUGUGUUUACAUGUGCCCUUUCCUAUGGGAGCCAGGUGGUGACGAGAGCUCCACCUGGUUCCCAUAAGAAAGUGCACAUGUAAACAAAUUGUGACGUCAUUAUGUCUAAGGUUGAUUGUACCCUUAUUUCUGCCACUGCACAUCCAUGACAAGUGCCUCCCCCCUCCCAGUAAUUUACAACCCAUCUCCGCCCCCUUACUUUUCCUCGAGUUGAGAUGUUUAAUAAUACAUUUUUGGCAUCAUGGGAAUUUUGAACAUGGUAUUUGAUCAGAAAAAUAACUUUUCUGCUUCUUGGCGUUAGUUGGAGAAUUAAAGUAUCUGUAAAUUAACAUGUCUUUUAUUAAAUGUAUUUAGACACAGAUGUUUAUUUCUUUUCAUUAUUUUACUACCCUCAUUUUAUUCAGAUGUAUAUUUCAUUCACAUAAAUGAAAUCGACACCAAUGUGUUCACCAUGCUGCAGAUGUACAUCCCGAAUCAUAAUACCCACAUUUACCAAAAGGUCGACAAUGACGACACGGAUAUAAAGAAACACAGGGGAACGUUUUAUUAUAUUUGUACAAAAAUCAACACCGAUCAUCGCGUACAAUACUGAUAUACAAUUUAGAAUAUUUAGGCUUCUUGAGAACCAAUAAAUCUCAAAAUGUUUAAAAGGA